AUGACUGAAACAAUGAGGACGCUAAUGCUGCUGUUGGGGAAAAUGUUACUAUCAUGGCUCUGGUUGGCGGAGAGUCGCCAUGUGCUGGAGUGCUGUAGCACAUGGGAUGUUGCAACGAGACUGAACAUUCACUCGGUAACACUUGCACGAAAAGAUCUGACGCCGGCUCGUUUAAUGAAACCGUUUUGGACUAGCACCGGAUUGUGUCCACCGGAGCCGCGCAAUGCAAGUGGAGCUUUUUUGGUAUCGCAAGACACGUUCACAAACCUGGAGCUGAUUGGCUCUCUGUCGGCUCGUGGUAUUAGCCAUGUGCGGAUCCAUUGGCUUCUAGAGCUUCUUGAAGUUUCGGAGGAAAGGAACCAGUUUCGAUAUAACUUUACCGCGUUAGAUAUGUUGAUGGAUCAUCUGCACAAUGUAGAACUGUAUCCUGGAUUUGAGAUGAUGGGCAUACCGAAAGGUUAUUCUGAACUGUCCUGCAGGGAAACAUUUUGGACGGAUUUAGUACAACAGCUAGUGGAAAGAUAUACAGAUCGGUACGGGUUGCAGUACGUAGCUGGAUGGAGAUUUGAAACGUGGAAUGAACCCGACUUACGAAGCUACAAUUUGUUGAACUUUACCGUAAAUGACUAUUUAUCGUACGUAUUUGCCAUCCGUAAAGGUUUGGAUGUUAUGAGUCAAAGAUUUAGUGCUUUAAAUUUGGGUAAUGAUCUUAUGAAAAGGGUGAAGUUUCCUUUGUACGGUCCAGCGGGUCUAUUUAAAUCAGCGGAACAUCAUCCUUUCUGCUGGACAGUGCUGGAAGUUUGUAAUUCAACCACUCCACACAGCUGUCCAUUCGAGACGAUCACCUUUCAUCGUAAGGGAAGCGGACGUUGGGCUUCCGAAGUGCUCGACGGUGGUCGUCAGUUGCUGGAAGAUGUGUUGAAACGGUUCCCAAAUGUUAAACGUCUAAGCUUUGGCAAUGAUGAAGCCGAUCCAAUCGCUGGUUGGUCCACGGCCCGUCCGUUUCAGGCGGAUGUGCGUUACGCAGCUAUGCUUUUUUCGAUCGUUACUCAGCAUUGGUCCGCAAUUACCGACGGGGAUGACUUUGGACAGCACUUACAGUUUCUGUCCCACGAUAAUGCAUUCCUCAGCUACUAUCCGUACGUGUUCGAGCAGCGCACACUGUUUGCACGGUUUCAGAUGAAUCUUACCAAUCCGCCACAUGUGCAGUUCGUGGUAAAGCCAGUGUUUUCUGCACUAGGAAUGCUAGCGAACUUGGCACCACUCGCUGGGCCAACACAUUACCUAGAGGGUAAUGUUUCAUACUUAGCCUCGAUUGAUGAACAUAUGACGUAUCUUUGCUUGCUAGCAUCACGAUCGAACGAUAGCUUCCCAUUGCAUAAGAAACGAUCGCAUUUGAAUAUUUCCAUCCCUACCGAUAUGUUGGUCGGAACUCGCCUCAGCUACCUGGUAGAAGCUGUUCAGGACGGUCGAAACGAUCCAUUUCGUGUGUGGCUGUGGCAAGGCAAGCCACCUUACCCAACGUCCGAGCAGCUUGCUGCUAUGCGUGAAGUUCAGCUUCCAAGCGUUUUGCUGGCAGGAUCACAGAAUGUUAAGCGUGAAAAAGGAUCGUCAAAUAUUAAUUUUUCCUUAAACAUGCGCGCUCCUUGGAUUGUUAGCGUACGGGUAUGCAGUGAUGAUUAUGCUCUCCCUGGACAAGUUUACGGUGUGCGUGUAAGGAUGGUGUUUCAGGAUGAAGUGUUAAUACAUUGGAAAUUAUGCACGGAUGGAUCGCAAGAUCAUCGGUGUAUUCGUACAUAUCAGAUUUGGUUUAAAUCUUCACGCUCAACUGAUGCUAAAGGCAAUCACAAAUGGUGUAUUAUUAAUAGCUUGAAACAUACACCUUUCAUGUUUUAUCAGUAUGCAAGUAACAUCAGGCAUCUAAGUGAAAAAAGAAACACCAGUUCUGUAUGCUCUGGUGUGAUGGGAUACUACAAGGUGCGUGCUGUUGAUUUUUUUGGUCGGAAAGGGCCAUUUUCUUCGCCGGUUCAUUAUGGCACCAACACAACGUUUCACUUUGGUUCAUCAAAGGAUAAAUAUAUCCACUAACAUGACGAAGACAAAACG